GGGCGGGCGCGGCCGGCGGGGGCGGAGCGGGCGCUGCGGCAGGAGGGAAGAUGGCGGACGAGGAGAAGCUGCCGCCCGGCUGGGAGAAGCGCAUGAGCCGCAGCUCAGGGCGCGUGUACUACUUCAACCACAUCACCAACGCCAGCCAGUGGGAGCGGCCCAGCGGCCACAGCGGCAGCAGUGGUGGCAGCAGCAAGAAUGGGCAGGGGGAGCCGGCCAGGGUCCGCUGCUCGCACCUGCUGGUCAAGCACAGCCAGUCCAGGCGGCCGUCGUCUUGGCGGCAGGAGAAGAUCACGCGCACCAAGGAGGAGGCCCUGGAGCUGAUCAACGGCUACAUCCAGAAGAUCAAGUCGGGAGAAGAGGACUUCGAAUCUCUGGCCUCGCAGUACAGUGACUGCAGCUCAGCCAAGGCCAGGGGGGACCUGGGUGCCUUCAGCAGAGGUCAGAUGCAGAAGCCAUUUGAAGAUGCCUCGUUUGCGCUGCGCACGGGCGAGAUGAGCGGGCCGGUGUUCACGGAUUCUGGCAUCCACAUCAUCCUACGCACGGAGUGAUGGCCAGGGAGGCCGGGGCCAGCCGACUGCGCAGGCGCCUCUCCUGCUAGUGUCACACAGUAUUGUUACCCAGGUGGUUGGGAGGGCUCUUCAAGACUGAGGGUUCCCCACCCACCCGCUGUCAGGGCCCUCGAUGCCUGACUUGAAGGAGUUGUGGAGGGCCUCGCCGAGGCCUCCUCCCAGGUGCUCCAGCGGACACGGGCCUGGGGUUGUUGCUAGCUGUGCUGCGUUCCUUGUUCAGUCGCAAAAAGUGCGCAUAUGUGCGCAGGUGUGGCUGGGGCCCCCUGGCCACAGCUCAGCACCCUUUGCAGCCCUGAUUAAACCCAGAACCACUGCUGUU